AUGCCGCAUACACGAUGUCCGCCCUUUCGGCGGCGCAUAGCCAACCCAUGGUCUCCCGUCUUCUUUGCUGCCAUAACAUUGCUCGGCCUGCUAUGGAUACCCAAGGUCUCCGCGGAAGGGCAUUCCGCGGCAGACUUCUACGUGUCCUCCCUGCCUGGCGCCCCCGAGCCUCUUCUGAAGAUGCAUGCUGGCCAUAUUGAGGUUACGCCCGAGCACCAUGGCAAUCUCUUCUUCUGGCACUUCCAGAACCGGCAUAUCGGGAGCAAGAGACGGACCGUGAUAUGGUUCAAUGGCGGGCCAGGAUGCAGCAGUAUGGAUGGUGCAUUGAUGGAGAUUGGGCCGUACAGGGUGGAAGAGGGAGGGAACUUGCGGCUGAACAAUGGCAGUUGGGAUCAGUUCGCCAACGUGCUGUUCAUCGACAAUCCUGUAGCUACUGGCUUCAGCUUUGUGGAUGGCAAUGCGCUUGUGCAUGAGCUGGACGAGAUGGCGGAUCAGAUGAUUACAUUCCUCGAGAAGUGGUUCGCCAUCUUCCCAGAUUACGCUGAUGACGAUCUGUACCUGGCUGGAGAGUCCUACGCUGGACAGCACAUUCCCUACAUCGCCUCGCACAUCCUCAUGCGCAACCGAAAUACUUCGUUCAACAAAGCCAAGCUGAUUGGCGCGUGGAAUCUGAAGGGUUUGAUAAUAGGCAACGGCUGGAUCUCUGGAGAGGAUCAGUACAAGUCCUACAUUCCGUUUGGCUAUGAGUCCGGGAUGUUGAAGGAGGGUAGUGAAGCCGAUGACAAUGCGAAGGCCCAGUUUGAGAAGUGUCAAAAGGCACUGGAUGACGGCGGCAAGGACAAAGUCGACACCGGAGCUUGCGAACUGGUCAUGAUGGGCAUGAAUCGCGAUCUCAAAACCUCGGACAACAAGUGCUACAACGUUUAUGAUGUUCGCCUCAAAGACGAAUAUCCCAGUUGUGGCAUGACUUGGCCUCCGGACCUCAAGUACGUCACGCCGUAUCUCCGCCGCGACGAUGUGACCAGAGCAUUGAACAUCAGUCCCGACAAAAAGACUGGUUGGACGGAAUGCAACAAUCAGGUUAAUCACGCGUUCAGCGCUACCCACAGCAAGCCUGCCAAAACUUUGCUGCCAGGUCUGCUGGAGCAGAUGCCCAUCGUGCUAUUCUCUGGCGACAAAGACUUCAUCUGCAACCACAUUGGAACCGAGAAUAUAAUCGACAACCUCAAGUGGAAUGGGGACACCGGCAUGAAGAGCACGGCCAAACGAGAUUGGACCUUUGAUGGCCAACCAGCAGGCCAAUGGCAGACUGCGCGCAACCUUACCUACGUCCGCUUCUACGAUUCGUCCCACAUGGUACCCUUCGACUAUCCUGCGCGGGCGGCAGACAUGCUGACCAGAGUCAUGGGUGUCGAUUAUGCAGAAGUAGGCAGUCCUGCUGGAGACAGCCAUAUCGAUGGCGAGGACAACACACCUGUAAGGCCUAAGCCUCCAUCACAGCCCAAGCCGCCGCGUCCACCAAAGGAGCCUUCGCCGCCAAAGACCACCGAGCCGGCUACGGAAGAGGAGAAGGAUAAGCUUGACGCAGCGACGUGGGCUGCUUAUCAAAGAUCUGGCGAGGCCGCUCUGGCUGUUGUCAUCGUCGCUGCGGGUGCUUGGGGUAUCUUUAUCUGGCGAUCUCGAAGGAGACGGGCAGGCUACAAGGGUGUACGAACCGAUGAGCCAUAUAAUGAUGGUGACGGCGGUAGAGCGAGGGAAAGAAGAGAUGUCGAGGCUGCGAGAGAGUUUGAUGAAGCUGAACUGGACGAUCUUGGGCCUGGCGGGAAGGAUCGAUAUGCGCUUGCCGAUGACGAGGAAGAGGAGGUGAGAGGAGGCGGGCGAGCCAAUGGGCAUGUAACAUGA